AUGAAGCUUGAAGAAGCAGCUUUAACAGCACUGGAGAUUUUUGAUACAACAACAAAUGGAACGGCCAAUGGAGGCCAAAGUUUAUAUGAAUAUCUCAACGAAUGCCGUACAUCUCUUGGAAAACGUCUUCUACGUAGGUCCUUUGUCUUUUUGUGUUAAAAUUUAGGAAAAUUUAAAGUUGUUUGAAACUAAGCUGUUGACUUGUUAUUUUAAAGAUAAGUAACAUGUUACUUUAGGUGAUUGGCUAUUAAAUCCAUCCGACGACUACGAUGAAAUCACUCGACGGCACGAUGUUGUUGAAAUCUUGUUUGACGAUGUGGAAGCUAGAGAGCAGCUUUACAACAACUAUUUACGGCAAUAUCCGGACGUUUGUGCUGUUUCGAAGAAACUGGAACAAAACUCAGCUAAUCUUGAAGAUGUCUACAAGAUUUACAGAGCUUUGAGGAUGAUCAGUCCUGUGGUCGAAUGUUUUGGUAAUUACAGCGACAAUGAAAGUGUUAUCAAGCUUGUUUCGGUAAAUCUUUGAUUCGAUUUUGUUGAGUUUAUAGGUUUUUUACAAUGAGAUUGUUAUACUUGGCAAAGCCUUUAAAUUAAUUUUAGUUUUAACAGAAGGUGAUAGGAUAGUAUAAUUUUACCAUAAAAUAUUGCAAUAAAAAUUUUAUUUUAGGAGCCGUUGCUUGUUUUAAAGGACAAAUUGAGUGGUUUAGAAGAGCAGAUUGAAAAGAAUGUUGAACAAGAUCCGAUUUCUCAGGUUUACAGAAUUAAGCCUGAAUCUGACGAUCGUCUACGACAAUUGAAUGAUCAGUUGGACAAGAUAAACAACCGAGCGGAGAAGAUUGCCAAUUCUUUGUCAGAAGAUAUUGAAAGUGAUGCUGUGAAGGUUGAGUGUAAUCCUACUGAUGGGUAUUGUAUGAAAGUGACCCUGAAGGUAGGCAAUGUAUAUUAUUUUGGAUUUAUUUUUUAUUUAGGACGAAAAGGAUAUUAGAAGUGCAAAUGUGACAAUUUUGGACACAAAAAAGAAUGGGAUCACUUUUAUCAAUAACAGAAUGGAAGCUUUGAACAAAGAGUUUCUCGAUGCCAUUAAAGAGUAUGAACAAGCCCAAACUGAUCUGACCGUUGAUAUCAUGAACAACACUGCUGGAAGUACAGCCGAAUUAGCCGAGCUUACUGAGGUUUUUGCUGUUAUCGAUGUACUUGUUGCUUUUGCCGUGGUUUCUAUUACUGCUGGUACUCCUUUUGUUCGCCCUGAAAUGCUGGAAAUGGGUAGGUAUCCUUUAGGUAGUUUGUAUAAUUAGAAUAACUUUUUUGGAUAAUAAUUUAAUAAAAUUAACACUAAUUUUAAAUUAUGUUACUUUAGGUUCUAACAUCUUUGAACUUCGUCAAUGCCGUCAUCCAGUGGUGGAAAAGAUGUUGAUGACCUCAUCUUUUAUUCCAAAUGACAUUGUUUUCACAGAAAACAAAAAGUUUAUGGUAUUGACUGGAGCCAAUAUGGGUGGCAAGUCUACGUACUUGAGAUCAGCUGCAACUACAGUACUUUUUGCUCACAUUGGAUGUUUUGUACCAUGUGAAUCAGCCAGAUUGUCAGUUUGUGAUGGAAUCUUUACGAGAGUUGGAGCUGGGGAUUGUCAGUUCAAAGCUGUUUCCACUUUUAUGUCAGAAAUGACAGAUUCUGCGACAAUUCUGGAUAACGCCACUUCGAAUUCAUUUAUCAUUAUUGAUGAACUGGGCAGAGGUACUACAACAUAUGAUGGGUUUGGGUUGGCAUGGGCUAUUGCUGAGUAAGUUGUUUUUUUUGGCACUAUGUAGGUAUAUUGUAUGCUGUAACAUACAAACAUGUGUAUUUUCAGGGAUAUUGUGACAAGAUUAGACAGUUUUUGCAUUUUUGCAACUCAUUUUCACGAAAUGGCUCACCUCUCAGUCCAAUAUCCGGACAAAGUCCUCAAUUUGAAAGCUGAUGUAGCUGAAGAAGAUGGUCAGAUUGUGCUUUUAUACCAGUUCUCUCCGGGUGUUACCGAAAGAUCAUUCGGUAUUACUAUUGCUAAGAUGGUCAAUUUCCCAGAAGAUGUUAUUCAGGUAAGAGAUUUUUGUUUUUUGGGGGGUUUUUAUGGCAGCAUUUGUGAUCAAGAAGGUACUAAAACAUCUGUAAGACCAAUCAAGGUUAAGAAAAUGCAUUUUUAUGGAAUUUUGAGGUUAAAAUGGUACUAAAAUGACAUUUUAGGAAGCCGAGAACACUUUACAACAAUUGGAAAAGUCGGACGAAGAGAAAGAAGCCAAGAAGUUGUUGUUGUCUUUGGGCAAUAUGAAUGUAGAACAAAUCAGAUUCACUCUCUCAAACCUCAAUGACUAA